AUGCUGCCACAAGAUGAAUCCAUUCGAAUUCUAGGUGAUUUUCUUCACCACUUUGUUGGUGAAAGAGUUAAAAAUAUCUCGGUUACGACCAUUCAAAAAUUGGCCGAAAUUGUUUUGAAAGAAAAUGCUUUUGUCUACGAUCAUAAAUUCUAUAAACAGAUUAUUGGUGGUGCGAUGGGUCCACCAUUUACAUUAACUCUAGCCAAUAUAUUUAUGUGGCAUUGGGAAAAACGUUGGGUUUGCCGACAAAACAGUAAGAAAGAAAUCUCUGGCCGAUACAUCGAUGAUGUCUUCUUUACGUCGAACAAAUCGGUCGAAAUAGUUCAACAAUUAUUACAAGAUGCGAAUGGAUGGCAUCCGAAUAUUAAAUUAGAAUCGAACAUUGGAGGUACUGUUCCAUUUUUAGACGUUUUCUUGACUAAUAACAAUGGAGUUCUUCAUACAUCCGUUUAUCACAAACCUUCUGCUGAACCAUAUGUUGUUCCAUUCCUUUCCGAUCAUCCACGACAUACAUUUUCAAAUAUUAUACAAACGGCUCUUGUUCGAGCCAUUCGAUAUUCAUCAACAGUCGAAGCAUUCAAUAAUGAACGACGUGCUGUUCGAUUUAUGUUAUUAUUUAAUGGUUAUCCAACCAGAUAUAUUGACAAACAAUUUCGAAAAAUCUUUGGUACUUACAUUUCAUCGGAUUCAAUCCUACCAAUAAUCGAUAAUGAAGAACAAUUUUUUCAAUUACGCAAAGUAUACAUGAAUCAACCGACGGCUCGACAUUCUCAAGUCGAAGCACGUAUUGCACAAUUCAAGGAAAACAAUGAAGAACAUCAAGUCGAACAACUUGUAACGACAACAUCAAUAACGACAAGAAAACAAAAAAAGAACAUACUUCAAGAUGCAGUGAUUAUACAUUAUAUACAUGAAAAACGAUUUACAACUAUGAAAAAAGAUAUGCAUAACAUUUUUCGUGAAGCUUUUUAA